CCUUUCCUUUCAACCAGCCGUCUUCUACCCAAACCCUAAAAAAAAACACACACACAUUCCCCCAUGGGACGUGUAAUCAGAGCACAGCGUAAGGGAGCAGGGUCCGUCUUCAAAUCACACACCCACCACCGAAAAGGCCCAGCUCGGUUCAGAUCACUCGACUUCGGUGAACGAAACGGGUACUUGAAAGGUGUCAUCACCGAAAUCAUCCAUGACCCAGGUCGCGGUGCACCGUUAGCCAGGGUUACAUUCCGUCACCCGUUCCGUUAUAAGCAUCAGAAAGAGCUGUUUGUGGCUGCUGAAGGAAUGUAUACAGGGCAGUUUGUGUUUUGUGGGAAGAAAGCGAAUUUGAUGGUUGGAAAUGUGUUGCCGCUAAGAAGCAUUCCUGAAGGAGCUGUUGUUUGUAAUGUGGAACAUCAUGUUGGUGAUCGUGGCUCUUUUGCUAGAGCUUCUGGUGAUUAUGCUAUUGUUAUUAGUCAUAAUCCUGAUAACGGUACCUCUAGGGUCAAGCUUCCAUCUGGUGCCAAGAAAAUCGUGCCAAGUGGUUGUCGUGCUAUGAUUGGUCAGGUUGCAGGAGGUGGACGUACUGAGAAGCCCAUGCUCAAGGCUGGUAAUGCUUAUCAUAAGUUCCGUGUCAAGAGAAACUGCUGGCCCAAGGUUCGUGGUGUUGCUAUGAAUCCAGUGGAGCAUCCCCAUGGUGGUGGUAACCAUCAACAUAUUGGUCAUGCUAGUACCGUUCGUCGUGACGCACCACCCGGGCAAAAGGUUGGUCUUAUUGCCGCUAGAAGGACUGGUCGGCUCAGAGGUCAAGCCGCUGCUACUGCUGCUAAGGCUGAUAAGUAGAGCGUUUGAAUGCAUUCUGUUACUGGGUUUGUUAUUUUCGUGUCUAUUACUAUUUUGACAGUUUGUUGCUGCCAAACUCAUAGCUAGUUUUGUUUGGAGUUGAGACUUUUGAUGGUUAAUCUACAGAUUCUUGAUCUAUUGCUUAAA